GGCUCUACCGCUCCCGGGCAGACCGGGACGCCAGGCUGACGGGAGGGCGGCGGCCCGCAGCUUCCCUGCCGCUGGAGACGCGCACCUCCCGCCUGGGUGCAGAGGACGCCGCGGAGGACGAUGCUGCCCCCGCGCUUCCGCCCGGCCCGGCGGCCGCUGCGUCGCCGCUGAGCUCGGGGAGCCGGAGCGGCCCGCCAUGGCGUCCGGCUGCCCGCCGCCCUUCGGGGACCCGGGGGAGAUGAGGGAGGGCUUUCUGUGCCCGCUCUGCCUGAAGGAUCUCCAGUCUUUCUACCAGCUUCAGUCGCACUACGAGGAGGAGCACUCGAGCGAGGACAGAGAUGUCAAAGGGCAGCUUAAAAAUCUAGUCCAGAAGGCCAAAAGAGCAAAGAAGAAAUUGCUGAAACGAGAAGAUGACAGAACUGAUUCUGGAUCUCAGGAACGAUAUGAGUCAUUCAGCUAUGGUGGAGUAGAUCCAUACAUGUGGGAGCCCCAGGAAGUAGGUGCUAUGAGAAGCCAUCUUUCUGAUUUCAAGAAACACCGAGCAGCCAGGAUUGAUCACUAUGUAGUUGAAGUCAAUAAGUUAAUAAUCAGGCUAGAAAAGCUUACAUCGUUUGACAGAGCAAACACUGAGUCAGCUAAAAUAAGAGCUAUAGAGAAAUCUGUAGUGCCUUGGGUCAGUGAUCAGGAUGUUCCCUUCUGCCCAGACUGUGGCAAUAAGUUCAGUAUUCGAAACAGACGUCACCACUGCCGCCUUUGUGGGUCUAUUAUGUGCAAGAAGUGCAUGGAACUUGUCAGUCUGCCUUUGGCAAGCAAGCUCACUAGUGCCAGCAAAGAGGCCUUGGGUUCUCAUACUAGCCCAAACUCCUCACCUAAUAGUGUCCAUGGCUCCCGCCGUGGCAGCAUUAGCAGCAUAAGCAGUGUGAGCUCAGUUCUGGAUGAGAAGGAUGAUGACCGAAUCCGUUGCUGUCGGCACUGCAAAGAUACCCUGUUGAAAAGAGAACAACAGAUUGAUGAGAAAGAAUACACUCCAGAGAUUGUGAAACUCUAUGAGAAACUCCGGCUCUGCAUGGAAAAGGUUGACCAGAAGGCACCAGAGUACAUAAGGAUGGCAGAAUCACUAAAUGCUGGGGAGACAACCUACAAUCUUGAACAUGCUAAUGACUUGAGGGUGGAGAUUCAAAAAGUAUACGAAUUUAUAGAUGCCUUAAGCAAAAAGAUUUUGAGUCUAGGCUUGCGUGAAGAUCCCCAGCCUCAUCCUAAAACACUACAACUUCAGAGAAUGAUAAGAUACUCAGCUACACUUUUUGUUCAGGAAAAACUGCUUGGCCUAAUGUCCCUGCCAACCAAAGAUCAGUAUGAAGAACUGAAGAAGAGAAGACUGCAUAUGGUAAGACAGGUGGCUCUCGAAACACAUGGAAAACAAGAGGAGAAGCAGAAGGACUUUAUCUCCAGAUCUGCAGCUGCAGUUAAUGGUGAUGCAACUCAUCUGAAAAAAGGAACAGUCAGGAAAUCUGAAGGCUGGUUACCUACAUCUAGCAUAUCGAGAGAAAGUGAGAUAGCAGACCCACUCCUUCAGCAGAUUGACAAUAUCACAUCCUUUAUUAAGCAAGCAAAGGCAGCUAAUAGGAUAGACGAGGUCCAUAUGCUGCAAGAGAACCUGAGGCAGCUUCAGGAUGAAUACAAUCAACAACAAACUCUGAAAGCGAUUGAGCUUUCUAAAAAACAGGCAGAAGAGGAGGAGAUGCAGAGGGAGGAACUUCAGGUCCUUUGUGAAAAAGAGUGGGAAAGAGAACACCACAAAUUAAUGUCUCAGCAUUCAAGGACACGUUCCUUAGACUUCAGAGAAGUCAAGCAGCAUCAGCAUGAAGUUGCAAAAGAGAAUCAGAACUUGACAGCACAUGCAUUGGAUUUGGAUAUUACUCAGAUGAAAGGGGACCCAAAUUUUGAAACUCCUGCUGUUGAGCAGCUGCCAGCUAAAGAGCACUUGACCUUCACACUCAAGCCCCAGAAUGUCCCACAGUGUGACAAAGACCAAGAUCGGACAGCCUGUCUAAACCCCUUUGAAGAUGAAGUAGAUACCCCUCAGUUAGAGGAAGAUCCUGAUAACCCAUUCGCCAAAGACACUUCUCCAGUGGUUUCUUCAUCUAACACAGCUCUGCAAAGAGAUAGAGAAUAUAAUCCAUUUGAAAAUGAGGAGGAGGAUGAACAAACUAAUGAAGCACCUGGCAGUACUUCAAACCCUUUUGAAGAAGAUGAAAAUCCAGUUCAAAAGCCUGGGAGCAUUUGGAAUUCUGGGAAUCCAUUUGAAGAGGGAUCCUCAACCAAUCCCUUUGAAGUGGAAGAUGGCAAUGAGAUUUCUGGAGAGGAGGCUAUAGAGGAAGAGCUGCUUCUCCAACAGAUAGAUAAUAUCAAAGCUUAUAUAUUUGAUGCCAAACAUAGUGGACGAAUGGAUGAGGUGGAGGUACUGACAGAGAACUUAAAGGAAUUGAAGCGCACAUUAGCGAAGCAGAAGGAGAAAUCCAACUGCUGAAGUAGCAGUAGGACUGUGUAAUAAUUAUUGUAAGUCUGUUGUUAAAUGUUGGAAGGUAGAGCAGAUACAAACAGGAGUAUGGAUCACAAGAGGGAACUGGGACAGUCUUGACUUUUAUGCACUUUCAAUUAGGCAUUUCCACUACUACUCAGUCUUGAAGAAAGAAUUACUGAAGUAUGCUGCUGGUCUCAAACACUUAUUUUAAAAUUUCUUUGUAUAACUUGUUACAACACUUUUAAUGCUAACUGGUCUUACUGUAUGCUUAUUUUGGUCAAAGUGGUUAAGUGCUAAUAGGGAACCACGAUUUGGAAAUGGUUGUAAUGUUGGUUUGUCAUCUUUCCCCCUUUCUGUUGUAGUAUUUGCCUUUCAAGUGGGGCUUUGACUAAAGAGAGAUAAAAACUUUUCUAAAACUACUGCAUCAUCUGAUGACACAGUACAGUGAUACAAGGCUACCUUAAUUGCCUAAUGGUGUUGUGAGACAGUGCUGGUAAAAGGCUACUGGGAUUCUUUGAGGUACAGAAUAUAUAGGCUUGUAGAUCAGUUUUGUGCAAUGCUAAUACAUGAAAGGGAUUUUAAGACUGAGAAGAACUUCAUAACUGAUACUAAUACGAGUAAUUUUUCAAUGUGUUUAUAAAAAUUCUCAAGUAAAAUUUAGAUGCUGUCUUUUCAUCACUUCUAGUUUCUGAUUUUCUUUGAGCACAUACUGCAGUGUAAUAGAGACUGCCAUGCUGGCUUCAGAGACCUGCUUGUGAGGGAACAAGUAUCUACUCUUUUCCAGGGAAAAGAUCAUCAGGCUAGCGCCAUUUCAGACAAUAAUAUAAAGGGUGACCCUCCAAUUCUUAAGUAUCUUAUGGAAACUAUAGAUUUCUUUAAAUUCUCUGGGUGACAGAAUGAUCAUGUUUGUUGUGUUUGUGAGACUGGAGCCCUUUCUUUGUAGCAUUCAAGGAACAAAAAUCUUGUUUAUAAUGUAGAGCUGAAGUCCCACUGAACUGGAAUUCUGUGAAAGCUGGGAGACAAAGUCUGUGGCUGUGAUAGUGCCAAAUAGCAAUUCUCUUUCAUAUUUGAUUCCCCUCAGAAGUUGUUUUGAGAAUUGGGCAUGUCUGUCUUCAUGACUCCAAUUUGGAGCUUAUUUUAAUUCUGUGGCCUGGGGGAUGACUAGGUGGUGGCCAGCACCUUUGAUGCAGGAGGGCUUAAAGCGGGGGUUCUGAGGAUUGGUAUCAGAACUGUAGGAUCACUUCAGGGUUAGGUCAGCCUGUAUUUUUGUGAAAGAUGGAGGGUGAGCUGCUUUGAUUUUCAUCUUUGAAAGGCAGAGGCCUGUUAUCAGCCAUCAGUGUUUGAAAGGGUGGUGGGGAGGAUUUAAUCUAAAGAGUGUAUUUAUUUAAAGCUGAAAUAGAAGAAUAUUAGGCAGAUCCCACUGUAUAGUACUAAUAAUAGUGGGCUUAGAAAUGUAAACUGUUAUGGAAUGGGACAUGUCUUUUAACUAUGCCUCUGAUAACAGCAUAGCUGUAACUCGAGCAUUGCAUAUUUUAGAGACACAAAUAAUUAUGCUACCUAAAAAGCAGGAACUCUAGUUUUAUUUUGCUGUAAAUAUGUGGAAGUAGGGACUUAUGGAACUGUUUAAAAGAAAACACAACAAAACAAAAAGCCUACCUAUAUCCUCACUUAAUAGCACUAGUAACUGAUCAAAAUAACUUAGAGCAGCCAGUUAAGGAUAGCUAGUGUUCUUCUUACUAUAGGUUAGAUCUGAAGUUGAAAGGUGUGCAGAAGACCAUGAAGUUUUUAUACUGAGAUGUUUUAUUAGAGUUGAUUGAGUUCCCGAGUGUGAUUUUGUACUAAGUGAAAUGAAGAACAGAGGAUUCUGAAAGGUCGUAAGCUAACUAAACAUGAGCACUGUGGCCAGAUUUACGAAGACAGCAAAAAAUAAAUGUUAAGAUAGCUAAACAUAAUUCCUGGAAUUGCUUUAACAGAAAUAGUAUAAGGUAGUUAUAAAGACAGACUUGUUUGUUAGUCAAGAGGAUUGUUCCCUGCACGGUAACCCAAAGCUUUUUUGGCAUCAACAUGAAAAAAAUGUUUCAGUGGCUUCAGCUUUCACAUUUAAAGUUCUUUCCUUGUUGCAACUAUCCUGCCUUGUUUGUAUUUUCAGUCUAAUACACUAAUAAUUAAAGUAUCCUUAUUGUACAUGUAAUAAUGUAUUUUUACAAGCAGGUAACAGACUAGCAUACCUCAUGAUCUUUGUCAGUGUUAAAUGUGAUAGACUAGACAUGUGAUACAAAAGUCAUCUCUAAAGUGAAGACCUUAGGCUGGUAUUUGGACUGCUGUGAGGCUUACAAGGCACAACGGAAUGAAGGCAUCUUACCCAUAAAGCUCAGUAACUAGCAUUGACUUUUGUUAAAAUUGCAUGCACUACUCUGUAUGGGAACUUUGUAAACAGAGAUGAAAUAAAACAGUAUGUUUAUUUUGUGC